AAAAUUUCCCUUCUUCUCCUUCGACUCUCUUUUACCCCCGUUCCGUUCCUCAUCAUUGCUAAGUCCUUUCUCUCGAUCGCCUCCCAUCGCGCGUGAGAGCAGGUUUCGUGUCGACACUUUGAGGCCUUCCUUCUAAUCUUCGUCUUGCCUUGUUGCGACGCCCAUUGACACGCGUCUCCUGGCAAUUAAUUCCGGAACUCGUACUUUCCCACGAGUCCCUUCAUCGAUCGUUCUUGAUACAUCACUAUGGCUUCUCCCGGCAGCGAAUCCCCGGCUCUGGCCCCUUCAGCCUCGCCCCCUAAUGUUCCCUCCCAGCCGCCUCCCGCCGCUGACAACCGGAACAUUGUCCGAAGAAAGCUCACUGGAUAUGUUGGUUUCGCCAACCUGCCCAACCAGUGGCACCGCAAGAGUGUCCGCAAGGGCUUCAACUUUAACGUGAUGGUUGUUGGCGAGUCUGGCCUGGGCAAGUCUACUCUGGUUAACACCCUCUUCAACACCUCGCUCUACCCUCCCAAGGAGCGCAAGGGCCCUAGCCUUGACAUCAUUCCCAAGACCGUCACCAUCCAGUCCAUCAGCGCCGACAUUGAGGAGGCUGGUGUCCGUCUUCGCCUUACUGUUGUCGACACCCCUGGAUUCGGUGACUUUGUGAACAACGAUGAGUCGUGGCGCCCAAUUGUCGACAACAUUGAGCAGCGAUUUGACUCAUACCUCGAUGCCGAGAACAAGGUCAACCGCAUGAACAUUGUCGACAACCGAAUUCACGCCUGUGUUUUCUUCAUCCAGCCCACUGGCCACUCUCUGAAGCCUCUCGACAUUGAGGUGAUGCGACGCCUUCACACCAAGGUCAACCUGAUCCCCGUCAUUGCCAAGGCUGAUACCCUCACUGAUGAGGAGAUUGCCAACUUCAAGGCUAGAAUCCUGGCCGACAUCAAGUACCACGGCAUCCAGAUCUUCGAGGGCCCCCGAUACGAGCUCGAUGACGAGGAGACGAUCGCGGAGAACAACGAGAUCAUGUCCAAGGUCCCCUUCGCCGUUGUUGGUGCCAACAACGAGAUCACCAGCGCUGAUGGUCGCAAGAUCCGUGGCCGUGCUUACCCCUGGGGUAUCAUCGAGGUGGAUAACGAGGAGCACUGUGACUUUGUCAAGCUCCGACAGAUGCUCAUCCGAACCCACAUGGAGGAGCUCAAGGAGCACACCAACAACCAGCUGUACGAGAACUACCGUACCGACAAGCUGCUCGCCAUGGGCGUGUCGCAAGACCCCAGCGUGUUCAAGGAGGUCAACCCCGCCGUCAAGCAGGAAGAGGAGCGCGCCCUGCACGAGCAGAAGCUCGCCAAGAUGGAAGCGGAGAUGAAGAUGGUGUUCCAGCAAAAGGUUGCCGAAAAGGAGAGCAAGCUCAAGCAGUCAGAGGAAGAGUUGUAUGCCCGACACAAGGAGAUGAAGGAGCAACUCGACCGCCAACGAAUGGAGCUCGAAGACAAGAAGCAGCGCAUCGAGAGCGGACGGCCACUGGAGAAGGAGGGCAAGCGAAAGGGCUUCUCCCUGCGCUAAGUUGCCUGCGCUCUAACGACCUGCGGACUGUUUUCUCCCUUCUUCGUUAUCCAUGUCUGAGUACCCAUGAUGCCCAUACAAUACCAGCUCGACGCCCCUCGUUGUAUUCGAUUCUCGUUUCUUUGUCGCCUCUUUCUCUCACCCUUUUUAAUCAACAACAAAACCACGUCCCCUAAUCGCAUACGCCAAACGAAAUGAUUGUCGUACGGAGACGGAACAACAAAAAGUCUUUUAUGAAGAAUAGUCAUGCAAGGCGGGAUGUGCAGACUAUACGGCCUAGCAGGUGUCUCGGCGUGGCAGGUUGUCUUGGCGAGCAUUCUUCUUUGGACCAUGCCCUACGGCACGCAUGGGAACCUGCUGACCUCUCGGAUCUGCUGCAAGAAUACUUUUGGAGAAAAGGUAGCAGAUUAUGGCGAAGGUGUUCGUGUCAGGAGCGCUGCUCGCUGGGAGAGACGUUGAGCGUCGAUACGUGCCGGUCAGGUGUGGGAUGGUUAAUACCUAUCUAUGGAGGAGAUGCUGCCCAAGACGACUUGUCCUUUUACCUUUUCACCUGCUGUGCCUUCGGAUACCCCUCUUUCCCCGUUGCGGCCAGAUGGAGCAUCGGCCAUGGAUUGAACUAGACAGGAGCAGACGGAUGGUUAGCACGGGGGAAGGUUGAGCAGCAACUUGUUGUAUUUUAGCCGUGUGUUUGUUGAGACUGGGUGCUUUUUUAUUAUGUCUCAGCAGGCGACACGCCUCAGAUGGUCAUGCGUCGUCUCUUUCUUGUUUCUUAGCUGGCUUGAUCUUUGAUUUCUUUAACAGUGUUUCCGUUUGUUUAGGGUCUGAGUGUAUUUGCUGUGUUGUGAUUGUGUGUUGAGAUGUACUACUUGCAAGAGUCUGAGCUAGAUAAUUGUGAUUUGUGUUUGUACCAUUGCAUGUUUCAUUGUAUGUAAGGCAUUGAGAGUAGACUUGUAUCAACUCACU